CGUCUCGGUGUACAAUAAACGGAUUAGAAGUAGAAAUCAGCAUAAUCUGGGACGGAUGUGUUGGCGUGGGCCUACCAAGGCGCAGUCGGCUUGUGCAUUUCCCGCUGCGUGCAGCGACACAGUUCAAGAGAACCUUCCUGACUGGGUCGAGCGUGCUGUUCGGCAAAUGCUUGCCUCGUGCUGAGUCCAGCCCAUAAACUAGGGUUAGCCGACGCAGCGCCCGGAAGCUCGGACGGUCAUUCUCCUGGGCGCCUGCUGACCGUGACUUGUCCUUCAAUCCGUCCACCAUGGCAGACGCUCUCAAUGCAGAGGAGGAGAGCCUCCUCCAAUCUGCGUUGCAGACGGCUUUCACGCCCGUCCCUCUCCCCAAACAGUCCGCCGUGCCAGAGCAGCCUGCUCCAGCACCAGAGCCUGCUCAACCAGUCCCUGCUCAAGAGGAGGCCGCUGGAGCACCUGCACCCGCUUCUCCGGCGCCCGAAUCCACAGAAGACGUCUGGAAAGCUGACUACGACGCCCAUGUAGCAGAAUGGCGUCGCACUUCGGCAGAGCAGCGCGAGCGUGCCGAGGGGGAACGUGCGCGGUGGGAGGAGAUCCGCAAGAAGGAGAGGGAGGAGGCAAAGGCGCGGGGCAGCGCGCGGAGCGAGGGGUGGGAGAGCGUGGGCGGGAGCACGAGCGCAAGCAUGGUGCUGGACGCUACGGCGAGCACGAGCACCGCUGCGAGUGUCGGUGGGGAGGCGGGAGGGGAGCCGAGCGUCGCUGAUGCGCGGGACCUCGUGAGCGGAGAGGGGCAGGGCAGGAAGACGAAAGAGGAGCUAGAGCAGGCGAUCCUCCCAGGCUCGCACGCGCAGGCGCGCUCGCGCUUCUCCACGCCGCCAGACGCGUCCUCCGAGGCAGAGCACAAGUGGGAGGACAUCCACUCUUCCGACCCGGACUCGCUUGCAUCGUCCUACCCCUCGCUAUCCUUCCCCUCGGACCCCCACUCGCCCUCCUCCUCCCUCCCGCACCCACUCCCACCACACGCGCACCACGGACACGCGCACCACCCCGCGCACCCACACGGCCACGAGCACGCGCAUGAACAACGGCGCGAGGCACCCUCCACGACCCAGGCGCUCUUCGAUUCGUCCCUCUCGCCGCGCACGCGCGUCCUCGCGCUCGUCGCGAGCCUCGCGGUGAACAUCGGCCUCCCGUUCAUCAACGGCGUCAUGCUCGGCUUCGGCGAGAUCUUCGCAAAGGAGGUGCUCGUCGGCUGGCUCGGCUGGGGGAAGCGAUCGUCGAGCUCGUCCGCGUCUUCGCGGGAGCGUGCGCGACCAGGGGCGCGAGAGGGCGGCGCCGGGCUCCGGACAGCAGAGUGGAAGUAGCUUGGCGGUGAGGUAGUCUUUAUUGCUGAUGAAAAGGGACUGUGCAGAGGGUAUAGCGUCAUGCAUCUAGACUGGCUUGUAUAUACCGGCUCGCGUCCUACGCCGCGCAACCUAGAU